AUGUGGGCAGUCAAGCUUCUUAACUUUGAUAUCAAGAAUGCUCAUGAGAAACGCUUGGUACAAUUGAAUGAGUUAGAGGAAAUACGCCUUGAUGCUUAUGAGAGUUCAAAAAUCUACAAAGAAAGGACCAAGGCAUUCCAUGACAAGAGAAUUCUUCCAAGGGUUUUCAAAGAAGGAGACCUGGUCUUGCUGUUCAAUUCUCGUUUGAGGCUAUUCCCAGGAAAGCUCAAGUCUCGUUGGUCAGGACCAUUCAAGAUCAAAGAAGUUCGUCCCUAUGGAGCCUUUGUGUUAUUGAACAAGUCUGGGAAAGAGUUUGUUGUGAAUGGACAGAGGUUGAAGCCCUAUUUUGCCAAUGAUUUCAUCGAGGAAGGAACCACGGUUUCUCUCUCGGAACCCCAAGAAGCCUAA